CUCGGUUCAACACAUUGCAUUAUAGAUAACAUGUUUGUCUUAUCAGAAAUACAAGACCUCGUUCGUAUACCUCCUCAUACAUUUAAUACACCCAUUCAUCAUGCCAUCAAUGAUGAAUUACAUAAAAAGUAUGCCAAUAAAGUCAUAAGUAAUUUAGGGUUAGUGAUAUCGGUAUGGGACCUUCUAGAUAUCAAUGACGGGAUGCUAAAACCAGGUGAUGGAGCAUCUUUUGUUGAUGUUAAAUUCCGAUGCAUUGUAUGGAAACCAUUUAUGGGAGAAAUCUUGACCGGAUGGGUCAAAGAAUGUACAGCUGAAGGAAUCAAGGUAAGGUUAACCUUUUUCGAUGAUAUAUUUAUUCCUAAGAACUUAUUAUUUGAAUCUUGCUAUUUUAAGCCAGUAGAACUGGCAUGGGUUUGGAAAGCAGAUGAGGAGAAUGAAUUAUAUAUUGAAUCUAAUGAAAAAAUACGAUUUAGAAUAGAAGAAGAGAUUUUUGCAAACAUUAAACCAAAAUCAAGUGUUGAAGCAUCGGGUAUAGAAGAACCUAAAAACAAAACACCUCCAUAUGCUAUUGUUGCUUCUUGUCAAGCUGAAGGUAUGGGUUGCGUUAGUUGGUGGGAUUAGAAUUGUAUAUAUUGAUAUAUGUAAAAUAGAAUACAGAU